UUUCAGCCACGAGCAUCCCCUGACCCUCUGUAUGAUAGAGGAAACCGGUGAACAUUGCAAUGGAUGCUCGAAACCCGUCAUCGAUGUUGGCUACGUUUGCCACGACUGCGGCUUCCUCCUCCACAAGAAGUGCGUCAAGUUGCCCCGGAAAGUCCUCCAUCGUAAUCAUCAGAAACACCCUCUCACCCUCGAGUUCAUUUCAUCGGAAACCUUCAAGUGCGCCGUGUGCAAGAAAACUGGCUCAGGGCUCGUCUUCAAAUGCGUCGAUUGCAAAUACAGCAUGGACGUGACCUGUUUUUUAACGAAUCAGCCAUUUCCUGAUGCCCUUCCUCAAGAUGGUAAAACAAGGAAGCCACCGCAUUCUACCGCGACAGUUUGUCUCCUCGCACAGCAGAGUAAAAGGAACUGCGCAGGAUAUGAACAGCAAAUUACAGUUCCAGCUUGUUGCUGCAAGGAAUGCGAUCUGCUCACACUCCGCAAAUCCUGUGCUCAAUUGCAACGGCAGAGAGAACAUCCUUGCCACCCUUCGCACUCCUUCACACCCCUUAAAGAAGCACGUGCAAUCUGUGAUGCCGGUCGGAAGAGCACUGGUGAUUUUGUCAACCACUGCAACAAAUGUUCAUUUGACCUCGACUCGGUAUGCAGUUGUCUCACACCUUCACUGAAACAGAAGAAGCACAAUGAUCUCCCUACUUGCUCCCAAGAAUCGCAUGGUCAAGUUUCAUGUGAUCCCUGCAGCACACCGUGGAGCAACAAUCUUUUCCGAUGCGUUAGCUGCAACUCUAAUGUGCAUUGCACUUGUCUUCCUCUUCCAAGCACCGUUAAGCACAAACACCAUCCUCAUUCUCUUACACUCAAAGAGCCCUCUCCCGAGGAUGAUUCAAGUAGGAUUUGCUGCGCAACAUGCGAGAAGAAGAUAUGCCCAAAGUCCCGGGCUUAUUACUGUGCAGAAUGCUGCUAUGGAGUUCAUCUUGAAUGUGGUCCCCGAGGUAAACUCAGCCUUCCCUAUCCCCCAGAUUUAUAUAAAGCAGAGCUGUAA